ACCCGGGUUUAUGAAGACUACAAGGCUCCGCUGCCGCUGAUUCGGAACCGGCAGGACAGAAAGCAUUACCGGGGGGAGCUGGUCCACCAGCAGGUUCUGGUCUGCCAUCCGGACCACAUCCAUAGCAUCCACAGCCAGGUCAGAACCAGCGGGUCCAGAGCCAGGUUCAGUUCCAGUAGAGCCAGGUCCAGACAUGGGCUACUUUGGGAAAGGGGUUCUGUCCAGAGCCCGACCGGAACACAGCAUUUCCGACCAAUGGGAGCAACACAAAGGUGUGCUUCUACCUGUCAUCUCUCAGUCCAGGUAUGAAGAGCUGCUCAGGUGGGCAGAGGCGGAGCUUUCUUCUCAGCAAUUGGAUGAAGAGGCGGCCAAUCAGAAGCUGCUGGCUCUGACUGAGAUUGUGGAGGAGGAAGAGGAGGCAAAUGGAGCAGAAGAAGAAGAGCCAGAGGGCGGAGCCUGUGUCCAAAUGAAGAGGCUAGGGGCGGAGUCAGAGCCAGAGGAGAGAAACAGCAGGUCCGACCCACAGAAUCUGGACCUGGACUCGGAACCGGACUCUGACUCCGACUCUGAUCCCGAUUCUGGUCUCCGUGUUCCGGGUCCUGGUUACGUCCUGGUGGACCUGGAGGCUCAGGAUGGAGGCGAAGCCAGGGAGGUGAGGCGGAGUCCUCUGGCUCUUACGGAGUACCUGCAGCUGAGCCUGGAGGAGGCCUUCUUCCUGGUCUACAGUCUUGGAGUUCUGUCUGUCUGCCAGCAGCAGGAGCCCCUGUCAGUCCUGCAGCUGUGGAGGAAGUUUCGGUUGCUGCGUCCCGACUUCAUCAGCUCAUACGCUGCGUACCAUCACUUCCGCAGCAGGGGGUGGGUCCCUAAGGGAGGAGGCGGGGCCAAAUACGGCGUUGAUCUCUUGCUCUACAGGAAGGGACCACCUUUCUACCACGCCAGCUACUCGGUGGUGGUGGAGAGGACUGGCGAAUCAUUGGGGGGUGCGGCACUGCGCCCGUUUUCCUGGCGCUCCCUGGCAGCUCUCAGCAGGAUCACAGCCAGUGUCUCCAAGGAGCUGAUGCUGUGUUACAUCAUCUACCCAACUGACCUAUCAGAGGAUGACCUGGAUUCACCAGUGUGCCUGAGCAGAUUAAAGGUUCAGGAAGUGAUCGUCAGCAGGUGGGUUUCCUCCAGAGAGCGAGCAGAGCAAGACAUCUGAUUGGCUGACAGCUGAAGCGCUUUAGUGAUGAUCUCAUAAAGACCCGAGCUGCGGCCAAUCAGAAGGAGCGUGAACGCGGUCCUUAGUUGGAUGCAGGCGCGUUUCAGAAGACAGAAAAACAUGCAGAGGAAGACGUUUUUCAUCGUCAUGUUUGUGUUUGACUGCGCCUCCUGGUGAUGACGUCACCGCCAGCCACCUCCUGAUCUGGCUGAGCUACCUCUGCAGGUGCUCCCGUCUGAUCUUUAGGUCCAUGUCCAGAGCAGAGCAGAGCCUGCUCAGGAAUCCAUUGGGAGGAAAUCCGUUUGUUUAUCCUGUUACCAUGGUUAUGGCUGUUAUUUCUGUCAGAUGGGUGUCAACGGCUGAAGUUCAUUAAACAGAUGUUCAACAUCUUCACUCCAUAAAUACAUAAAACAGUUCGACUUCA